CGCCAUCUUGUUUGUUUUAGUCGGAGGAAGGGGUGGGGGAAAAAAACAGCCACCACCCUCACCAGCGACACCACGGCCGGCGAAACGACAGAAGAUCCAAACGGCUAACCGGCCCUGCGCCUCCCCCUUUCCCCUUUCCCUUGUGGUGAGAAGGCGUUGAGACAAUGUUUUAUGCCCACUUCGUGCUCAGCAAACGUGGGCCGCUGGCCAAAAUUUGGCUGGCGGCCCACUGGGACAAGAAGUUGACCAAGGCACACGUGUUUGAGUGCAAUCUGGAGAGCAGCGUGGAGAGCAUCAUCUCACCCAAGGUGAAAAUGGCUUUACGAACAUCGGGGCAUCUGCUGCUGGGGGUGGUGAGGAUCUACCACAGGAAGGCCAAGUACCUGCUGGCAGACUGUAACGAGGCCUUCAUCAAGAUCAAGAUGGCGUUUAGACCAGGUGUUGUGGAUCUUCCAGAGGAGAACAGAGAAGCAGCCUACAACGCGAUCACGCUGCCUGAGGAGUUCCAUGAUUUUGAUCAGCCACUACCAGACCUAGAUGAUAUUGACGUUGCUCAGCAGUUCAACUUGAACCAGAGCAGAGUGGAGGAGAUCACCAUGAGAGAGGAAGUUGGAAACCUCAACCUGCUGCAGGACAAUGACUUUGCUGACUUUGGUAUGGACGACAGAGAGAUGAUGCGGGAGGAGAGUGCGUUUGAGGUGGACAUCAUGGGAGCGUCAGCUUCCAACCUGCUGCUGGAGGCUGAGGGUGGAACCAACCCGAUGGCUGACAAGUCCAACCAUCUUGAGUACGAUGACCAGUACAAGGACGAUUUUGGAGACAACCCCAUGGAGAGCAAUGAGGGAGGCAUGCUGGUGGACAAGCUGCUGAGUAACGAGGAUGGAGGCGGCAUCUUUGACGACCCUCCUGCCAUCACAGAGAGUGUGAUGAUGCCUCAGGACCACGGAGAUGAUGACGACGACUUUGACGCUCUCUCAGCGGGAGCCCCAGAUAGUCCAGACUCGGGCCCAACUGAGCCCCUGCCAGCCAUGGCAGACCAGGCAGAACAAACCACCCUGGUUCACAAUGAAGAAGAAACCUUUGCUCUGGAGCCUAUUGACAUCACAGUGAAGGAGACCAAGGCGAAGCGUAAGAGGAAGCUGAUUGUAGACAGCGUGAAGGAGUUGGACAGUAAAACCAUCCGCGCGCAGCUGUCUGAUUACUCUGACAUUGUCACCACACUGGAUCUGGCACCUCCUACCAAGAAGCUGAUGAUGUGGAAGGAGACCGGAGGAGUCGAGAAGCUUUUCUCUCUCCCCGCUCAGCCUCUCUGGAAUGCAAGGCUGCUUAAGAUGUUUACAAGGUGUCUGACUCCACUGGUACCAGACGAGCUUAGGAAGAGGAGGAAAGGUGGAGAGGCUGACAGUCUGGAUGAGUUCCUUAAGGAUCUGGAGAACCCGGAGGUGCCCAGAGAGGAAACAACAGGGCACCAGCAGAGAGACAUCAUGGACCAGACCAUCAUGGAAGAGGCCAGUGUUCUGCAGACUUCAGCUGUGGAAGGCAGCCGGACGACGCUGGACGAGUCGGUCAUGCCCCCUCCAUCCUCCCAACCUGGGCUCAAACGCAAAGCCCAGGACACAGAACCAGCCCUGCCUAUGGGAGCUUUGGACCAGCAACAACAGCAACAACAGCAGCAAGGGCCCCAGCAGCUGGAGCCUUCCAAUGUGGAUCUGCCCCAAGAAGAAACCACUAACAUCAGCCAGCUGAUAGAGUUGGACCUGCUUGGCGACAAGGACAAGAAGAAGAACGAUGACGACUCUGAUGAAGAUGAGGAGGAGGCGCAGGGAGGAGACCAGGACCAGGAGGAGAGGAGGUGGAACAAAAGAACCCAGCAGAUGCUCCAUGGCCUCCAGAGGGUGAUGGCCAAAACAGGCGCCCAGUCAGUCAGCCUGCUGGAUCUGUGCAGGAACAACAACAAGAAGCAGGCAGCAGCAAAGUUCUACAGCUUCCUGGUUCUGAAGAAGCAGCAGGCGGUGGAGCUCGUCCAGGAGGAGCCGUACAGCGACAUCAUUGCUACGCCCGGACCUCGCUUCCACAUCAUCUAGAAAACACAACUUUACAGUCUGAAAAAAACCCUGCAACACAGCACUGUCUGUUAAUUUAACAAACAUUUUAUUUAUUCAUUUGAGUUUGUUGACUUCGUUUUGUGUAUGAUGUGAGUUUUAUCUUCUGUCUGCAAUAUUUUAAUGUCAAGCAGUGGUGGGAGCAAACAGGGUCUGAAUAACAUGGUUGGUUUAUUGAGGUCUCUUCUUGAAAAAUUCCACAUAGCGAGGUUGAUUGCAACUCUAAACAAUGGCCUUAUUUCCUUUUUGUUAUUAUUUAUUUUAUUUUUUAUUAUCAAGACUCACUUUACAGCUAAGUUAGUGUGAAAUAAGUUAAAUAAAGUGGGCACUGUGUGUUCCCUUUUGGAGUUUCUGUCUACUCACUGGUGGGUUUUUUCCCCAGGCAGAUGUCAAGCACUACUCUCCUUAAGAGGUUGUUGUGUUGCACUGGCAUCAAAGUCAAAAGGAAUCUACUUUAAGAUAUGUUUACAGUGGGAGACAACUGUGUUUACACAGUGAAACCUCAAUCUACCAUGUUACUGAGAUUCAUCUGUCCCACUACAGCAAGAAAAAGUUCUCAUCUAAUGGUUCUCAUGUACUCAGAUUUUAGCCAAAAGGAGCAUGCACUAUAUCCAGUCUCUGAAAGAGUACAUUUUUACAAUAACUAUGGUAGUGAUCUGCAAACUCAACCAGCAAUUAAUCAUUUUACUAUUGUAGUGUAGCACUUUAAGCAUUACAAACUCCAAAUGUGUUGUUUUUGCAAAUGCUUUGCUUGCAUCAUCAACUGUUUGCGCUUCACGAGAGUCUGAAAAAAUUAUAGUUCAUACUACAUAAUAAUCUUAGGCAGGGGUAUGUAAUGUGCUCACACUAUUCUACGACACAAUGCACAAAGGAAAUAGGAGAUGCUGGUGAAACAGCUCCAGAAACACCUCAAAACCCAGUUAUUACAUUUCUGCUGUCUGAUUGGCUGUAGCAUUCAAAAGCUGCAGUUUGAUGAACAUCUGACAACAUUUAUUGUAUCAUUUUUACUGUGUGGUGAUUUCUUGUAUACAAAGUGCAUAAAUUGCACUGUAAUAAUUAGUAUAAGCAUAAUGCAUAUAAUAAGUAUGUACUAUGGAAUUGGGAUACAGCUUAUAAAAAUUGCUUCUGAGAUUCAACUUAUAGAUGAUGUAAACAUUAGUGGUCUACCAACCUCUUGCAUAUUCCAUCCUGAAAUACCCAGAAAACUACAAAAUGUAUUGCAGUGUUUAUAUUGUGUUCUUAAAAUGACUUAAGUAUGCGACACAGAUUCAAUUCAUCCAGUGACCCUUUUAUAAUAAAGAUAAUCAUUUAGUUACAGCUGGGAAUCAUACAGUAUUGUAUUGUCUUGAUAAUUAAGACUUCAGUUGUUGUGCUUAGUGUCACUUCCACAGUAACUUCUGACAUUGUAAAUCAAGUACUCUUUUCCAUAUUCAUUUAUUGAUGUAAUAUAUAACAAGAGAAUGAAUUGUUCUUUAUUUAUAAGUGAUUUUUAAUCUAAAGAAUGACCUGAUAAGACGAUCAAGUGAAGUCUGAAUGGACAUAUUUGUUAUGGAAGUUGUCUUUUGGACUAAAUUCAGUGUACAAAAAAAUGCAACAGAAUUUAGCAGAUAUAUAAAAAAAUCAAGUCAUUGUGAUGACACUUCUUCCUUGUGCAUCUGCAAAGACUGAAUGCAUCGGUUUUCUUUGUAUAUCAACUUCCAUAUAAACUGUAAUGUCUGAGUGCAUCUAAUAUGUUCAACUAUGUGCCUGUAAAAACCUGCUUUUUUUAUUUUGUAUAAAAGCCAAGACAAAUCUUCUCACUUUACAAUAUCGGCAUGUUUCUGAACGGUUUCAAUUCCAUGCCUGUUAGUCCAGGAAACUGUUACGUUUUUCAAAAUAAAACAAAUACCAUGACAAGUA